AUGAAUCCACAAGAUAGUUGUUAUUUUAAUCCAAAUGACAAUUAUUGUUCUCAUAAAACAUCAAAUAAACCUCAAGAAUCUUAUGUAGCUCUUAUUGCUCGUGCUUUAUUAUCUUCACCGAAUUAUCAAAUGUUACUUGUUGAUAUUUAUCAAUGGAUUAUAAAUGAAUAUCCUUAUUUUGGAACAUUACAAAGUAAAGCAUGGCGAAAUUCAAUUCGACAUAAUUUAUCAUUAAAUGAAUGUUUUAUUCGACAAGAAAAAUCUGAAAAUGGUCGUGGUUAUUAUUGGGGAAUACAUCCAGCAGCAUUUGAUGCUUUUAUUCAUGGUGAUUUUCGCCGACGACAAGCUCGUCUUCGAUCUAAACAUGCAGAUAAUUCAUCUAUUCAACCGAUAUCAUGGAUGAUAAAUACAGAUAUAUUAUGUGAUUAUUCAAUAAAUCAAACACAAACAUAUAAUUAUUCAUAUUCAUAA